UUCAGUUUGUGCUUUGUCACAUUGCAGCAAGCAAGAGAAAUUUUGAUUGAAAAUAAUGAAUCGUUGGUUAAAUCGCGUUGCCGUUGUGACCGGUGCCAGCUCUGGCAUUGGUGCCGCAUGCUGCAAAGAUUUGGUGGCCAAGGGCAUGAUCGUUGUGGGUCUGGCCCGUCGCGAGAAUCGACUCGAUGAGAUCAAGGCAGCGUUGCCAGCUGAUCAGGCGGCGCGUUUCCAUGGCCGCAAAUGCGACGUGAGCGAUGAGCAGCAGGUGAUCGAAACAUUCGCCUGGAUCGAUCAGACGCUGGGCGGUGCCGAUGUCCUGGUGAAUAACGCCGGCAUCGCGCGUCACACCACGAUCAUUGGGGCGGGCAACAGUGCCGAUUUGCGUGCCGUUCUCGACACCAAUGUCCUGGGUGUCUCGUGGUGCACUCGCGAGGCAUUCCAGUCUCUGGAACGUCGCAAGAUCGAUGACGGUCAUGUGGUCAUCAUCAACAGCAUUGCGGGUCACGCUGUGCCCAACAUGCCGGGCAUGAGUUUUAACAUGUAUGCGCCAUCGAAGCAUGCAAUCACCGCUCUCACCGAGGUGCUGCGUCAGGAGUUUGCCGCCAAGGGCACGAAAACUAAGAUCACCAGCAUUAGUCCCGGCGCUGUGGAUACCGAGAUCAUUGACAAGGAGGCCCUCAAGAACAUCAAUAUCGAGAUGGCCAUGCUGCGCUCCGAGGAUGUUGCAGAUGCCGUCACCUACUGCAUUCAGACGCCACCAAAUGUCCAGAUUCAUGAGCUGACCAUCAAGCCAAUUGGCGAGAAAUUCUAAACUUAUUUAUUAAGUGCUGUUUGUUCUAGACUCUUCCAGUUACAAUAUUUAUUUAUGUACCAACAACCUUUUUUUUAUAUAUAAAUAAACAAUUAAUCUACCAUA